AUGAGUCCCGCAAACAUAAAGCUAUGGGCGCGAGACACCGCCAGCGACCUCGAGUCGAUUCCGUCAACCUUCUCGAGUUGGGAUAAGUGCAUGGCCAAGUCAUAUUGCAAGUGGCCCGUUAUUGUUGGUAUUAUCGUUGGUUCCGUGAUCUUGCUCGCGGUGCUAGCAUGCAUUUUCAAUUGUCUUUGCUGCGGUUAUCAGUGCUGCAAAUGUUGCUGUAGCUGCUGUUGUCCAUCUGGCAGACGCAGGAACAAAACGCCAAAGCAUUUUGACGACCCGGCCUUCCAUCAGCCAACUUACCAUCAAUCACCUCCACCUGCCCCCAAUCCAACUUACCAAGCGCCCCCAGCUCCUCCAUCGUACCGCGGUGCCGAGCAGACUGCCCGCUUCGAUGCGCCAAAAUCCCCCGCAGUCCAGGUCAAUGAGGAUGCUCUUCCUGAGAUGCCUACCUGGGCAGGGGCUAAAGACAAGCAUGUCGAGGACCAGGAUCACCACGAAGACGUCGAAUUGGCGGCACUGAACCCCCCAGAUAGAAAGCAGGGCGCCGGGACUCCUGGCGCCGCGUUCUCGGAUCAGUCCUCCAACGCUAGCAUGGCAAACGGCUACAGAGGUUUCGCACCUACUGACCCUUAUGCCCGCCGGUCACCCGGCCCCGCAUUGACCCCAGUCCAAGAUCCCUAUGCGCGACGCUCGCCUGGUGUGCCUUCCCCCGGAGGUAUUGAUCCCUACGGAAGAAGAUCCCCGGGACCAGCGGCGGCCCUUGCAGCAGCACAAGAUCCCUACGGCCGCCGAUCGCCAGGCCCAGCGGCAGCCCUGGCUGCGACCCAAGACCCGUACGGGCGACGUUCCCCUGGGAUAGUCCCACCGGCCGCAGCGGUCGACCCUUAUGCACGACGGUCACCGGGCCCAGGACUCGCAUAUAGCACCCCAGACCCUUAUGCCCCGCGCUCUCCGGGUCUGGCUUCACCCAUGGCCCCCCACAAUCCUUACGACCAUUCCUACCAAGAAGGAUAUGGUGACAACUACGGUGCAGGGGCAGGCUAUCAUGCCAUGACAUCCCCCUCACCUGUCGCAGGCCAUAACCCGACCACGCAAUACAAUCCUGCUCCCAUGGCCUUAUCCACAGAAGACCACAGCCCAACACCAGGCUUCCAGCGCCAGCCUUCUUUCGGAUCAAGCCAUUAUCCACCAACCUACACCUCCCAGCCUGCUUACCGCGGUUACUCGCCUGGUGCCACUUCUCCACCCCCUGCUUUCUCGGCUCCUACUACCGAGUACGCCACAUACAACCCGCACGGCGCUGCAGUCACAACCCCUGAGCCAGAUUACACCCGACCACCGAGUCUCUUGCAAAGUGGCAAAAAGCCUAACCUCAAUGCCUCAAGUAACUUCUGA